CCAGCCAUGGUGUCGAACUAAAGCACACUGAACCGAAAAGUUGAACAAUGCCCAGAGAAAUCUUGCCUGUCACAAUUACACCAUGGGUCCUCACUGUGCCGAGAGCCCGUCCACCACACAACGUUCUCACGGUACAUAAUCGUGGGAAGAAGAACUCCUGGGUCGUCGUCUUUCUCUGACCCUGAUUGCAUUCUGUCACCCAUUACUUGCAAGCAGCUUCACACAGAGCUUCUGCAAUGGCGGACAACACACCCUCUUCAACAGGGCUCUCAAAGUUGAGAUCACCGGCGAUCGAAAGCUUGAAGGCUCUUCUCUCCCCAGACCCCCCUAAACAUAGAUUGGUGAGCUUUCCACCAUUCAAGAGUUACUACAGGCGCUCAUGGACAACGCUGUUCGCUGGCAAGAAACGCCAGAAGCUAGAUCAUACUAUACCAGACACACCCCGACGCCCUCAACUCAGUCCGCAAGCACGGCGCAAGCGCUACCGGAAAGGCGUCAAGGAACAAGUCGACAAAAUAUGGAACAAAUCCUUCGUUGUUCCACAGUGUGCCUGCUGUCCUCAUUCGACGCGACCUCAACUGUGCGACCAGCGCACAUACGCCAGGUUCAAGCCCUGUUUGUCCUAUUACACCGCUGUGUAUGGAUCAGACGGACCACAAGUGUAUUGGGCCAAGAUUGUGAAGGACUUGAGAAAAAUCAUCGAGCAAGCCGGGGAUGCUAGACGCGAAGGCUGGCAAUUCAAGGUGAUGGUGAUGAGGCAAGUCGUCCAGCGAGCCAUAGAGAAAUACGAAGCUGCAGAGGAAGGACAGUCACUUACCUUUGCGCGAGACUUCCCUGGCGAGAGCACCUUUGUAUGCGAGGUCCCAGCACCAGAGCGUUUCGGCGUGGAUGGCAAGCGAGCUAUAGCCGUCAGAGUGCCUGUCAGGUUUAGCAUCGCAGACCACAUUACGUCUGAGGAAGAAAUAACUUCCAGAGCGCGACUGAUUAAUGUCGACGGACGAAUGUUCGGGUUGAAAAAGCAGCAUUUUGGUGCAGAGGAUCCAGACGGACCACCACCACGUCGAGAGGUAACUCCCAGAGAACCGCGCGGUGUCAGUAAAUUGCGCAUGUCAACCAUUGCGGAAGAGGUGGAAUACCCGGCGUUCACUGGGACUCGAGCUCGUUGGACUUCCAACAAUGUCGGGAAGAUGACUGCAUACGAUGCGCUUUCAGCGUACGCCUCCUCUUUGGCCAAGCGUCAUGGUUGGCAGGGCGUCAUAUACAAGCAGACUCUGUCGGCUUUGAAGGAGCUGCAGCCAAGGACAGAUCUGAAGGUUUCUCGCAGCUUUGCACAUCAGACCAAUGCCCCUUCAAUUUCAACGAUGACGCAGAUCGAAAGGAGGGUCCAGAGAAUCAAAGCUCUGCUUGAGAAGAUGGCCAAGAUAUAUGAACGCGAUGUCAAGGUGUCCAGUGAUAAAACUGUGGGCAGAAGCGACAUCAGACAGGUCAUCAAAGGACCACGGCCGGAGGAAGGGGACGUGGAAUGGAUCAGGACGAUUGUCCAGGGGAUUUUGAGGGAGAUGUAAGACAGUCACAGAAAUGGUGUGUGAAAAUGAGGUCGACCGUGUUGACAGAUACCAACCUCGCAUUUAUUCCGGAUAUUCAUUUAGCGAGGUCGACGUCAUUUCCAU